CUGGCGCGGCAUUCGUGCCGAUCCCGUUGCGCUUGGGCAGCAGCGAAGCAGCUGGACUGGUCGUAUUAGGUCGUAGUCGUAGUCGCGUGGUCUGCAUUCGGAGGGUUUAAGCGAGGGCCGGGGGCCAAUAAUGUAGCGCUUGGACUUUGGGCACACUCGGGCGCGUCCUGAGCUCCCUUUCGGUCUGGCUGGACGAGGACGAGCCAUGGCGUGCCUUGCCGAGGCUCGCUCUGGAGUCAGGUGCUGGAGCCCGAGCCGCGCGAGGCCCCAGUGCAUUUAUGGCCCGAGGGCGUGGGGGCGGGGCCGAGAAAAUCUAUAGAGAAAGGUCGAUCUUUUAUUAGGUGGAACGGGGGCCGGGGUAUUCUCGGGGUCCUGGGUUCUUGUGCUUGGCAAGAGCUGGAUUAUUCCUCCCCUCGCUUUUGUGGGGACGUGAACUCCGCCUCGCAUCUUGCGGAGUUAGCUCAGCACAUCUCAUAGCCACGCACGCGCUUUGGCUUGUGGAGUGGCGCUCCUUAUCUCAAGGAUUGCGGAGCAGUAUAGGAAUUGUUUCUCAGAUGAGCAGCUGCGGACAGGAGCACCGCCCCGGGCAUCAGCUUGCAUCCAUCAUCCCGUGAGCCAGCAAGCUCUUACCUGUACUGUCCCUGGGCUCCCGAUUCAUUCUGGAAUUCCACCAGGUCGUUCUUUCGAGGGCAGGUGGUGCUGGAUUGGGGCGUGGGGUUUGUGUGUUGAUUUGGUUUGGCGUGCGAAUGCGAGUUUGGAUUGUUGUGUCUUUCCUCUCCUACCGAGCGAAGGCAGGACGAGAGCGACGGGUUAGUAUCGACGUUCUGUCACAAGAUUCAGGCCUUGACGGGCUGUGUCUGCCCCUCUCUCAAUCGGGUGUGUGAGGGCAGAUUUUGUCAAGAGCUGAUCUCACCCAGCUCGGGCAGUAUGGAUGCAAUUGAAAUCGGUUGGAGAUAUCGUUUGAAGAGGGACGAAAGUACUUAGGUCAGGAGCCAGAAGAGAAGAUCUUUGGGACAAGAAAGAAAUAUCGACAAGACGAGAAAGGAGCGACGUGUGCCGAAAAGGAUACGGUGAUGGGCGGACCUCUGGAGGUGGCAAUGCCAAGGGUCGAAGGAGGGGAGGAGAAGCGUUCAUUCCGACAGCGAGCAAGAGGACAUAUUUCGAAAUACUUCCACACUAAGUCUACGAACAAAGAACAGAAGGAGAAUAAUCACUCCCACAGCCCAGUCAGUAUCCCGCAGAGAGACGAGGCGUUUGGUCCGCCUCCUGGCAGUCACCGAAGAAAUUUGUCCAAAUCCAGCCCUCAAAGCAGCGUUGUAAAUGGGUCCUCUUCACUGAGCGAGGUGCACUCCGGCUCUUACCCGGAUCCCAAGGUUGACUACCCUGAUGAGUUCAAGUGCCCAAUCUUGGACACGCUCAUGGCUGAACCCGUUAUCAUAGAAUCUGGGAUCUCUUAUGAGCGUAUGGUGAUUAAGCGGUAUUUGGAGCUAGGUCACAGGCAGUGCUUCAAAACUGGGGUUGCUCUCGACUCGGAUGCUGUACUUAAGAAUACAUCUUUGAAGACAGCCAUCGAACACUGGUGCGAUUCCAAUGGAGUUUCUAGACCCACGCCCCCUAGUCCUGAGGUUGCGAAGAAUGCCGUAGACCGUGUAUGCCGACUGGACACCUCAACGUCCGAGUCUUUUGGCCCAGAUGCACCAUACACUCCCGACUCUUUCACUGGCGAAUCGUCUACAUCGGAUUCCAGAAUGCCGCACUCUGAAAAUGACCUUAGAGGUCUGCAGGUCCACGACAACGUGUCUGGGAAUUCCGCAAGUCUUGAAGACGACGUGGGGAACAUAUCGCAGAAUAGGCAGUUUGAGUCCAGGCAUACGUGGAGCGAGGGGCAUCUGAAGCACUCUCUGGAGCAGCUCCAUAACAGCGCGACCGUAAGUGGUCGUCAUGAUGGUUUUCCCUGCGACGACCGACCUUCCCCUUCUUCUUCUUCUUCCAUCGGGUAUGCCCACACUGUCACUAUCGCCGCUUCUCCCAUGAUCAGCAAGGCGGAAUCCGUCGAAAGCUCUAGGAGUCCAGUUCCUUUAGCACUCACGCGGACGCCUGUAUCAUUCAGCCCCGAAAUCAGCCCUUCGACUGGUUCUGCAGGGAGCCUGAAUGCCGACAUGAUCCAGCGUCUGGCUAGCAAGUUGCAACAUAAGCACGUCAAGGAGCAAGAAGAUGCGGCGAUGGAAAUUCGUCGUCUUUCUCGAAUUGGUGCUCAAAACAGAAUAGAGUUGUGCGAGCCGGCAGUGCUCGAAGCCCUUCUACCUCUUCUGCAGUCGCGCUACUCACAGGUGCAAAUCAACGCCGCGGCUGCUGUAAUGAAUCUCUCGCUGGAGAAAGGCAACAAAUUGAAAGUAGCGAGGGCCGGGGCUAUCCCCUACCUCGUCGAUGUUCUGAAGAGCGGUGUCAUGGAUGCACAAGAGCAUGCAGCUGGAGCAAUCUUCAGUCUUGCUCUCAACGACGAGAACAAAAUGGCAAUCGGAGUCCUGGGAGCCAUCCCUCCUCUCAUUCAUCUGCUGCGUUCGAGCCAGCAUGCUGCUCGACGAGACGCCGCAAUGGCUCUGUACCACUUAUCCUUCUCGCAGAUGAACCGUAGCAAGUUGAUCAAAGCUGGCGGAGUGGGGACCUUCCUAGGAAUUGCUCGGGACGAAAGGAGCGAUGUUGUGAGCCGAGCCCUUCUCAUCCUGUGCAACAUCGCUGCGAUGCAGGAUGGUCGUGCCGCCCUAGCCGAGAAGGACGCCGUACCUGUGCUAGUCAGUCUACUCACGAAGGGGGAUGAGGACAGUGGUGGGGCUGACAAGAGCGAAGAGCACAAGGUAAACUGGCCGGAGGUUCGAGAACACGCUGCCGCUGCACUGCUGCAAUUAUCGCAACACAACUUCCGGUUCAGAACGCAGGCCACACAAGCAGGUGCAUUGGACGGUCUCCAACGCUUAGAAGCGGAGGGGACACCCCGUGCUCGAGAGAAAGCUGCGGCGCUUCUGUCCAUUUUGCGUGAAGCUCCGAGGGGUCAAAAGAGUUCUCUAGACAUUCCCACGUCCCUGUAUCCCCGGCGAUCCUACGUCCGGCCUGGAGGGGACAUGCCGAAAGCAGAAUCGGCCAUCUUCUGAGGAUAUUUGCGCAGGAUAUCGCUACCUUUUGCCCCUCUCCUCUGCCCUUGUUCAUAUGAGUCAGAAUUAUCAUUACAUUUCCCUUAGUGCUAGAAAUCGCUCUCGCUCUCAACAUUGGGAAGCCAGCCCUCUCUCCUCUUUCCUGCAUGAUUGUACAUGUGGAUGAACCAUUGAUCGUUAAUUGCGAAAUUAGUUCCUCUGGAAACCAGGGAGCGUGUUGAUUUGGGUGCACUGGGUUGAAAGGUAUCCUGGACUAAGGAGCUGUUCAACUCGGUGAACGGCGACUUUACCUAGCCGUUUUCGCCGGGGUUCCGGGGUCUUCCACGAGAAAGUUUUUGUUUCCCAAUCGGAAAGAAGUGUCAGUGAGGAGGUCUUUCAUUUCACAUGUGUUCCUUCACUUUCCGGGUCCGAACAGAGGCACUCUCGAGAGUUGAUGUGCGCCCCGCUUGUUCCAAAGCCUUGAUACUCUGGGCCAGAGGUCUUUGUCUCUCUGUCUCAGAGUGACUUUGUAUAUUGUUUGAUGAUCAAAUUAAAAAAGAUCCACAUUCAGGAAAUAUCCAGCGGUCGCUUUGAGUUUAAGCGCUGCAGCGUCUUCUUGCGACUCAGCUUCUGAUUGUGAUUGUUGUUUGUCCCUGAGCUUCUUGUGUUGUCCGCUACGCAGUGAGGAGCAAGUGAUCCAAUGUGAGCACCUUAGAUCCUUCCUCUAACCUGAUUGCAAAUGACAAUCGCUGUUCUGAGUAGUAAAUUAUCGGUGUACAUAUCUCAACUUGUUAAUUUUUUCCUGGAUCUUCUCUUGGUAUCAGCAUUCUUUCUUAUGCAUUUUUCAGGUUUGCACUCGAUUCUGCAUUUCAACCACGCAAAGUUCGUUCUCCUUAUUUCUACGCUGCAUCGUCCCGGCUGAAACUCGGCGCCUGUGUGUCUUCACCACUGAGGGAUUUUUUCUCCGUCCUUAGCUAGCAUCCACCAUCAGCAGUCCCAAGGUGGCACGAAAAGCUGCCCUCUUCUUGUCUGAACUCGCUGGCGGGAAGGAGGUGGGAAUGCAUGGAGUGUCGAGGCCGCAACUUGUGUAAAG